AUGUUAAAUUCGUUUCGUAGUGUUUGGGCUGCAAAUAUACAGCUUCAGCAGAUAAGAUGUGCGCACAGAAUAAGAGGCAAAGCCCCUAUAUUCUGUCGUACAAUAAAAGAACGUUUAGAUGAAUUAAACUAUAAAGAUGAAAUAUACACAACAAGAGUUGAUAUUGGUUUACCUCAAAUGAAAAAAUUGACAGAAAGUAGUCGUCAAUCCAGAUUGGAACAUUUAAAAAAAAUAAAAGCUGAUAAGAAUUUGGAACAAUUGGCACGUAAUCAUACAUUACAAAUCGAUCUAAAUGAAGCUAAAAAAGAGUGGCUGAAUACUUUGGGGCCACAGCACAAGAAGCAGAUAGCUGAUCAUUAUGGCAUAUUUGAACAUCUGUACGGAGAAGGAUACUUUAUACCGCACUUGAAUUUGGAAGUGUUGUAUGAUUUGAAAAAUGGUUCUUACCUACCUGUUUGCACUGGAAAUGACAUAAAGCCUGCAGAGGCACUUGAAUAUCCAAUAGUUAACUAUGAAACUGACCCUGACAGUUUAUGGACACUGGCUCUUACUAGUCUAGAUGGCCAUUUAACAGAGGGUGAUAAAGAGUAUGUGCAUUGGCUUGUGGCUAAUAUUCCUGGAAACUCUAUUGAGAAAGGAGAUACUAUUGUGGAGUACCUGCAGCCAAUACCAUUGAAGGGCACUGGAUAUCACAGAUAUGCAUAUGUGCUUUACAAACAAGAUGGAAAUAUAACUUAUGAUAUAACAAAAGUGACUGCAACAUCGCCUUUAAAAGACAGGACAUUUGUGACAAGGGAAUGGUAUCAAAAGUACCAAGAGAACAUCACUCCUGCAGGACUAGCUUUUUUCCAAACCAAUUGGGAUAUAUCUGUGAGGGAUUUCUUCCACAAAGUGUUGGAUACUAAAGAACCAGUUUAUGAGUAUGACUUCCCCAAACCCUACUUAAGGCCACAAGAAUGGUUUCCCCGCAGGAAAGCAUUUAAUUUGUACAUGGACAAGUACAGAGAUCCAAAGCAAAUCAACAAAGAGUAUCUAUUGCGCAAGCUAAAGGAUGAGGACCCCUUUAAGGCACCACCACCACCACUCAAGUUCCCCAAUGCCCAACCCUUCCCUAAGAACAUGCCUUCAUGGUUGAGAUUGCAUGAAAAGAAGAUAAGGUUGGGAUGGGGUAGAGUUAAUGAUGUGUAA